GAGGAGAAAGCGCAGGCCCCCAGUAUCGGUGAAGGCUCCGGGCAGUCGUCUCGUGCCUCUUGUUUCCCAAAACGCCUUCCCUGAGCACCUUUUGCACCAUCAUCUUCGGGGAAAAACAGUCAGGUGAAGCGGAGGCUGUUUUAUCUCCUGCAACGCGUCCGAUUUUAACGCAAACUGCGCUUCGCUACAGCCGGCGUCUGUGCCCGCCUUUUAAGAAGCCCUCUGGCAGCGUCGCAGCGGCUCCAGAAAUCGGCGCUCAAGGCGCAGGGCGAGCGCUCGCCCCAGCGGGGAGCGUGAAGCGGCGGCUCCCUCAGGCUGAGGCGGGAGGGCUCAACCCAUCACGGGCCGUGCCCUCACCCCCGCUCCCCUCCCGUCAGGCGCUGCUCGGCCACCCCGCCGGGGUCCUGUCUGGGCGCGGAGGCCCCGGUGCCGUACAGCAUGGCCGCGCUGUGGCGGAGGCGAGCGCGGCUCCUGGGAGUCUCGGGGCUGUGUCGUACGCUGCGAGCCCUCUCAGGAACGAAUGAGUAUGAUCUUCUGGUAGUUGGUGGAGGGUCUGGAGGCCUUGCUUGUGCAAAAGAAGCUGCUCAGUUUGGGAAGAAAGUGGCUGUUUUGGAUUAUGUGGAACCUUCCCCACAAGGGACCAAGUGGGGACUUGGUGGAACUUGUGUGAAUGUUGGCUGCAUUCCUAAAAAGCUUAUGCAUCAAGCAGCCCUUUUAGGGAGUGCCCUUAAAGAUGCCCAACACUAUGGCUGGAAUAUAACCCAACCUGUUAAUCAUACCUGGUCUGUGAUGGCACAAGCUGUUCAGAAUUAUGUGAAAUCCUUGAACUGGGGACACAGAGUGCAACUACAAGACAAGAAGGUGAAAUAUUUCAACAUGAAAGGGAGUUUUUCUGAUACACAUACAAUUCGUGGCUUAACAAAAGCAGGUAAAGAGACUGUUGUUACUGCAGAAAAUAUUGUAAUUGCUACUGGAGGAAGACCAAAAUAUCCUGAACAUAUUGCAGGUGCACUAGAGUAUGGAAUCACAAGUGAUGAUCUAUUCUGGUUAAAAGAAUCUCCAGGAAAAACGUUGGUUGUUGGAGCCAGCUAUGUUUCACUUGAGUGUGCUGGUUUUCUAACGGGCAUUGGAUUGGACACUACAGUCAUGAUGAGAAGUAUUCCACUUCGUGGGUUUGAUCAGCAAAUGGCUUCGUUAGUUACUGAGCACAUGGAAUCUUAUGGCACAAAAUUUUUGAAGAGAUGUUCCCCGACUAAAGUUGAAAAAUUGGAGAAUAACAGAUUGCAAGUCACCUGGAAAAAUACUGACCUGGGUACAGAAGAAACUGAUUCCUUCGACACAGUGAUGUGGGCAGUAGGCCGAGCCCCUGACACUGAGACUCUCAAUUUGAAGGCAGUUGGAGUGAAAACUAAUUCUGAAACUGGAAAGAUCAUUGUUGAUGCCAGUGAAGCUACUUCUAUUCCUCACAUUUAUGCAGUUGGAGACAUAACAGAGGGCCGUCCUGAAUUAACACCCACAGCAAUAGCUGCAGGAAAACUGCUGGCUCGGCGUCUUUUUGGCCAAUCUUCAGAACUGAUGGACUAUGAGAAUGUACCUACUACAGUAUUCACUCCCUUGGAAUAUGGUUGUGUUGGACUGUCAGAAGAAGCAGCUGUGCAAUGUUAUGGAUCAGAUAAUAUUGAGGUAUACCAUGCAUAUUAUAAACCUCUAGAGUUUACCGUGGCUGAAAGAGAUGCAACUCAGUGCUAUAUAAAAAUGGUGUGCUUACGAGAGGGUGAGCAACGGGUACUUGGCCUUCAUUUCAUUGGACCAAAUGCAGGCGAAGUUAUUCAAGGAUUUGCUCUUGGUAUCAAGUGUGGUGCUACAUAUCCUCAGCUGAUGAAGACAAUUGGCAUUCACCCUACUUGUGCUGAAGAAGUCACCAAGUUGCACAUCACAAAGCGUUCUGGCUUGGAUGCAACAGUCACAGGCUGCUGAGGUUAAAAACCAUCCCUGGAAAAUGAAAAAAAGCACAAAAUUUAUUCGUAAUGAAAAAGGGCACUUUGGGUUGAAACAGCUUAUUUUGUUGGUUUGUUACUAAGAGUUUCUCAGUGAUGAGCUGACUGGAUUCAGAUUUGGCUUUACUAAAACUAGAGGUAACUGAAAAUAAAUUGUCCUGCUCAGAACACAGAUAGAAUAUAACUUAACCGUAUGCAAUUUUUUUCUUCUUCAUUGGCCAGGCUAAGAAAGCAUUAACCUGCUCCAAAUUUCUGGUUAUUUUCCUCCUCUCCAGAAGGGGGAGAUGCUGGCUAAUUUGUGGCACUAAAGAAACAAAUCAGAUGUGAAGCUUUUCUGCAGAACCCUGAUAAAGAGGGUCUGACAAAAACAGCACAAAACUAACUGCACUGAAUCUCAGUCCAACUUGCAGCUGCCAACAUCUUAGUAUGCACAGUCACUUGGUUUCUUGCAUCCUUUGCAGCUGAAUAGUGAGUGUGGGGACAGAUCAGUUUUGAGGUGAAACAAGUAUAUUCUUUUUGCAGUUAAUGUGUAUCAGUGUUUUUGUGUCUGGAACUUUGACAUUUUCAUAGCUGUCCUGCUUGUUGCACAGUUUGGAAGAAUAAUCUGAUCAUGUGUACUUUUUUUUUUUCUUUCUUUGCUAUUUCCCUGGUGCAGCAUGCCACACAGACAAAUGAUUUUUUAAUUUCAAGUGUGCAAUCUUUUUUACUGUGUGAGUUGAACCUUGUCAGAGAAACCAACAGACAAAAAGUGAGCAGUAUUUCCUUCUAAAAUACUAUGUAAUAGCAUUUAUUACCCUCUCAUUGACACUAGAAUACUCCAUUUUCAAAGAUUUUUUUUCUGACUUAAACAACAACAAAAGAAAUCUUAAAUGCUUUCUUUUCAAAGAUUCCAGCUAUUUCUGGUAUGUAAGAGAGGAAUGAGCAAUACAGUUUGACUGCAAGUGCCAUUCCCUACUAUAUCUACUGGUGCCAUUUUUUGUCUAUGAGGCCAUCCAUAAGCUUAUAUUGGAAAAGAUCUAAUUUGAGUGUUAGUGUAAUUGAAGCACUACCUGAAUAUUGCAACUGCAAUUUAAGAAAUUAUUAAAACUUCAUAUCUGCACAUAAAUGUGUGUGUAUUGGCACAUUCAGAAGUUUUUUUCCUUUAUUAACGUUCUUAUGAGUAGGAGACAGCCAAAACCAGCUGUUUAAAAGAAAAUAAUAGUAAAUUAAACUAAUUUUAAAAUGUUUUAUUAGUGUUUCAGAAUACUGAGAUGCUGAACAUUUUAGUCUACAGAAAUUUUGUUGUGAGAAAAAUCUCACCUCUGGCUAAACUGCAGUGUGUAUGCAAUGUAUUUUUCCUAAUGACUGCCAAUUCCUUUUGUACCCACAACUGGCAUUUAGCUGUGUGAAAGUGUCUUCCCUGUCCUACCUACACAUUCAGCAGGCUGAGUUGUCUGCCACUACAGACAAGUGGAAAGAUAAAUUAAUUUCUUUCAUCAUAAAGUUCAAAAUAAUUAUUUAGGACAACAAGUAAAGAGAUCUCAAGGAAACUUGUUCUCAGUUUCAGUGGGGUGAGAAAAUAAGUUGGUAUUGUCUCAAAAGAGAAAUCUCUUGGUUUUAGAAUUCCUGAGUGGACUGCAUGAAGAUUGUUCCUAUAUGUUGAACAACAGACUAGUUCUAUUCCUUAAUUAGUGGAAAAUUUUGUUGCCUCUGAAGUAAGUAUACAUUUACCACCUACACAACCCUAGUGUCAGAAUCAACAGCAAUGCAGAAUAAUGAUAAUUGCUGUGACUGUGCUUUUUUUUUUCCUGAAGGAUUUUCCAGGGAUGGUCCUUUAAGAAUUGUUUUUAAAAACCUGACUGAUGUCAAUUGAUACGAGUCAUGUAUGCUGCAAAUUACUAAUUCUAUGUGAAAAUGUAAAAAAACAAAAAAAUCAGUCAGGCUUCUUCUCAGGAUGCCAGCUGAUGAGGGCUUGUUUGUCAAACCACAGAGUGGUGCAAACAAGUCUGAGCAUUGCUGGGUCCCUUGUAUCUAUGAUCCAAAUAUUUAUUGUGUUGUGAAUUAAUGAAUUAAUAAAUUUUUUCUAGUAAGUGUU